GCUCCCGCGGCAUAUAAACCAAACCCUUCUUUGUUGCUGGCUCCUCCAUAUUUACAGACAGAUCCCUAGAUUCUCAGAAGCCCGAGCCGAAAUUUAUACAUCCAGGCCCUUCGCCGGAGAUGGCGUCGGAGCUGACGUACCGCGGCGGGGCGGCCCCUGGCCCCGCCUCCGACGGAGGAGAGUACUCCCCUAAGCCCUCCAAGCCGCUCUCCUGGCUCUCCCGCGCCGCCCGCUACGCCGCCGCCGAGCACCGCCCCCUCUUCGCCCUCGCCGGCAUGCUCUUCGCCGCCGCCCUCUUUACCUUCUCCCCCUCCACCUCAUCACCGUCCUACCCCGCCGCGUCCACCACCGGCUUCAACCACCUCGCCGUCGCCGGGGCCGGGCACCCGUCGUUUGGCGCGUCCGUCGGCGGCAAGGUGCCCCUGGGGCUGCGGCGGCGCGCGCUGCGCGUGCUCGUGACGGGCGGCGCCGGGUUCGUGGGGAGCCACCUGGUGGACCGGCUGGUGGAGCGCGGCGACAGCGUGAUCGUGGUGGACAACUUCUUCACGGGGCGCAAGGGCAACAUCGCGCACCACCUCCGAAACCCCAGGUUCGAGGUGAUCCGGCACGACGUCGUCGAACCCAUACUGCUCGAGGUCGACCAGAUCUACCACCUCGCCUGCCCCGCCAGUCCCGUGCACUACAAGUACAACCCCAUCAAGACCAUCAAGACAAAUGUGGUUGGGACGCUGAACAUGCUUGGAUUGGCCAAGAGGAUUGGGGCAAGGUUCCUACUCACAAGCACCAGUGAGGUCUAUGGUGAUCCCCUCCAGCACCCUCAGGUGGAGACUUAUUGGGGCAAUGUCAAUCCCAUUGGUGUCCGGAGCUGCUAUGAUGAAGGCAAGCGCACAGCUGAAACAUUAACCAUGGACUACCAUCGUGGUGCCAACCUUGAGGUAAGGAUUGCCCGGAUCUUUAACACAUAUGGUCCUCGCAUGUGCAUUGAUGAUGGCCGUGUUGUCAGCAAUUUUGUUGCUCAGGCACUGAGGAAGGAGCCUUUGACUGUAUAUGGUGAUGGCAAGCAGACUAGGAGCUUUCAAUAUGUCUCUGAUUUGGUGGAAGGGCUGAUGAAGCUGAUGGAAGGGGAGCACAUUGGACCAUUUAACCUGGGUAAUCCCGGCGAGUUCACCAUGCUGGAGCUGGCUAAGGUGGUCCAGGACACCAUUGACCCAGAAGCACACAUUGAGUUCCGUCCAAACACUGCAGAUGAUCCACACAAGCGCAAGCCCGACAUCACUCGCGCCAAAGAGCUCCUUGGCUGGGAGCCCAAGGUUCCUCUACACGAGGGCCUUCCCCUCAUGGUCACUGACUUCCGCACACGUAUCUUCGGGGACCAGGAAGAAUCCACUGAGGCAGCUGGUGGCCUCUCUUAAUCCGCAAGUCCUCAACAUGUCAAAGCGACACAUCUGUUCAAUUUGUAUGAUCACUUGAUACAAAAAUGGGAGGAAGAAAGCAUAAGAUUUGGACAGUUUUGGUGGUAUGCUCUUUGGCUUCUCUACACUAUACGGACAAAAGGUCAUGGCUAUAUACACAGUUCUUAGGGAAAUAUUGGAAUGUUGCUAAGAUAUCUUGGCAUUGCUGUAAUGUUAUUAUUUCCUUUUUAGCUGUAACAUUCAAUAAUAGGAUUGUUGACGGAUAAUUUGUGAUGGUAAUAAUAUAUUGAGGUCAUAGCGUUAUAAGCUUA